AUACGGCCCAUAAUAAUUCGCAGUGGGUAAAUUCAUAACUAGUAACAUAGCGGAGGCACGCUUGGCACCGAUAGCUAAAAUGCGUCAACCUCCGUUGUCAUUUAAUUUCCUCCAGAACCGCCAACUCCCGCACAGCAAGCAUCUCACAAUGACUGCACUCCUGCACUUGCUGACCCUGCUAUCCGCAGGCAGCUGCAUCUACUCAACAGCAGCUGCUGCAUCUCUCAUCGUCCAAAUACCACCCAGCAAUGUCCUCCCCAACCCUCACUCGCUCUCACCAAACACCCACGCAACUCUCACCACCCUCUCUUCCUCUCAAACCGAGCAGCAGCAGCAGAUACUCACCGCUCCCCUAACUCGCUCCGCCGAGUUCGUUUUCGCAGAUCUCCCACCCUCAUCGUCCAAAGAGUCGUAUUUGCUCGACAUCCGAUCCCGAGAUUACAUCUUUGCUCCGUACCGCGUCGACGUCUCCAGCGAUGGCGCGAUCACUGGUAUUUGGGAGACAUUCCGAGGGAAUCAAUGGGAGAACCGAGGUGCGGAAAAAUACGUUGCGCAGCAGGCUGGGGCUGCGAAGGGUGGGGAUGAUAAUGUGACUGUUGAUGCGAGGGUGUUGGGGAGGAGACAGUUUUAUGAGGAGAGGCCAAAGUGUGAGUUUUAUCAAGAAAAAUAAAAAUCGCCAAUGCCUAAUUUCAAAACCAGUCUCGCCGAUGAGUUUGUUCCAGAAUCCUAUGAUUCUAUUGGCACUAUUUGCUCUCGCAGCAACAGUCGGUAUACCGAAACUACUUGAGAACAUGGAUCCUGAAAUGCGAGAAGAA